CUCACAUAUAUUCUUUCCUCUUCUUAUUCUUAUCUUAGUUCCAUACCUCUCAACCUCCUCCUUCAAAUAGUUGACUUCCUCCGACAUGGAUCCCUCUGGUGACGACGACUCGCAAAGAGCUCGACAAGUGAAGGAGUUCGACGAUACAAAGUCUGGAGUAAAAGGUUUGAUGGAUAGAGGUGCCACGACGAUCCCGAAGUUCUUCAUCCACCCGUCUGAGAGUGCGAAUAGGAAGGUGGCAGUGGCGGAGGUGCCGGUGAUAGAUCUGAGGGAGGGACGGGGAAGGGAAGAGGUGGUGAGGGAGAUAGGGGAGGCAUGUGAGAAGUGGGGGCUGUUUCAAAUGGUGAACCAUGGAGUCCCAAAUGAGGUGAUGGAGAGAAUGUUGGAAGGCAUAAGGGAGUUUCACGAACAGGCAAGAGAGGAGAAGAUGAAGUGGUACUCAAGGGAUCCUUCACAAAAGGUUAGGUUUUAUUGUAAUGGUGAUCUUCUUGUUUCUAAGGCUGCAAGUUGGAGAGACUCCAUAGCUUUUGAGUAUCAACAUGGCCCUCUCACCCCUCAGGCAUAUCCACCCACAUGCAGAGAGGCAGUGAGUGAAUACAUAAAGCAGAUGACAGAGCUAAGAGAUAAGAUAUCAGAGUUACUAUCAGAGGCAUUGGGGCUGAGCAGUGAUUACCUUGCAGGAUUAGAAUGCAUGAAAUCUGAAACUCUUGUGUGUCACUAUUACCCACCCUGUCCUCAACCAGAGCUCACAUUGGGCACCACCAAACACUCAGACCCUUCUGCUUUGACAAUUCUCCUCCAAGACAACACUGGUGGCCUCCAAGUCCUUCAUCAAAACCAAUGGCUCCAUGUUCCUCCUAUCCCCGGAGCACUACUCGCCAACAUCGGCGACCUUCUACAGCUAAUCACCAAUGACAAGAUCAAGAGUGUAGAGCAUAGGGUGUUGGCAAGGAGCAAUGGAAAGAGAGUAUCAGCAGCAUGUUUCUUUUAUCCAAGCGCAAAACAUAGACUCACACCUUACGGACCUGCAAAAGAGUUUCAAUCAGAGGAUAACCCACCCAUAUAUAGACCCACUAACAUCAAUGAGUAUCUGAGCUACUAUAUACUGAAGGGAUUAGAUGGUAGCUCAGCCUUACCAUAUUUUAGAAUAUGAUAACCUCCUACUUGUAACAGCCCAAACUGGCUCAAUGCUAGUAGAUAUUAUCCGCUUUAGUCCGU